AUGCAAAAUACGUCCGGUCCAAAUAUAGCGGCGCAUGCCGUGUCGCGUUCACGAGGCAAACGGCCGGGCGAGUCCCUUUACCGUGUCAAACUUAGAGAGAGAAGAAUUGCCAAUGGUCAAGCAAGAUCUUCUGAUGAAUCUGAGACUGAUGAGGAGCAUGAACCAGAUGCUGUGAUAUUGCAUCAGUUGUUCCAUCGCAAGGUCGUCCACCGUUCUGACGGCGUUGUCGUAAAGUCGGGGAAGCGUCUAGCCCUUGGCGAGGCCGAGGCAAUGAGAGUGGCCAGGAUGGCAGGCCUCCCAGUUCCCCUUGUCCACCGGGCCAAGACAUUUCCCGACGGCAAAAGCGAGAUCCACAUGGAUUAUGUUCAAGGCGAGUCCCUUGACAAGCUGUGGCCGGCCAUGUCGGUAGAGGAAAAGAAAGACGUAUGCCGCCAGCUUCGCGAGAUUCUGGAGCAGAUGAGAUCGAUUGCCCCGCCCUGUGAGCUUAUCGGUGCUUGUGAUGGCACGGAAAUCCGGGAUACUAGAGUUCUCAAUACCUACCAUCACCCUCCUUGUCGCGACGAGGAAAUGUUCAAUGGUUUUCUGCUGUCCAGUCUGUUUAAAAUUACGCCCGAAGCGGUCCGAGAGGCGCUUUCCCUGCACUUGCGAACCGACCACCGUAUCGUCCUCUCGCACUGCGACCUCGCUCCCAGAAACAUCUUGGUUCAGGACGGGAAGAUCACGGGACUGGUAGACUGGGAGGACGGUGGAUGGUAUCCUGAAUACUGGGACUAUGUUAAGUUCUUCCAGCGUCCUGCUACUACGGACUGGAAACAAUACGCAAAGGACAUUUUCCCAAAGCUGUAUCACGAUGAACUAGUAGCGUACACAGCUAUAUCUAGAUGGCAAGAUUCUUAG